AUGUCUGCCCCUGUCUCUGCCUCCGCCUCGACCUCCGCCUCUGCUGUCCGAUUAUCAGCUGCUGCCUCCUCAGCUGUCGGCACCACCUCCGCCCCGGCCUCAUCAGCUGCGGCCUCAUCUCAAGCAGCUUCCUCCCAAGCCCAGAGUAGCCAAGCUGCCUCCUCCGCCCAAUCAUCAGCCGCCCCUACCAGCAGCGCCGAGCCUUCCACUUCUGAAGCCGCUUCGUCAAGCGCCCAAUCGAGCGCCGCGCCUUCGACCGUCACAUCUUCAAACACUCCUUCGACGUCCAGCUCCGUUGAGCCUUCGACAAGCUCGUCCGAAGCGCUUCCUUCCACCUCCUCUUCAGUAGAGCCCUCGACAACAACGAGCCAGCAAGAAACCUCUUCUUCUGAGGCUUUGCCGAGCACGUCCUCGGAUUCGUCCUCCUCGUCUGAAGCGCAGCCGAGCUCUCAGACUUCUAGCGCCGCCCAACAAAGCACCGCCACCGCUACAUCAACAGCGGCACAGUCUUCCUCGAGUGAUGCAGCAUCAAGCAGCUCGCCCACAUCCACUACUGCUCACUCGACGAGCUAUGUCUACGUAACUGUGACAGACUCGAAUGGAUCCACGCGAGUGACCUCGACUUCUGUCGCGACUGGGGCUGCCGAUGCAAGCAGCAGCAAAGGCGGAUCUAACACCGGUGCCAUCGUCGGUGGUGUUAUCGGUGGUCUUGCCGGUCUCGCCAUUCUUCUCGCCCUGCUUUGGUUCUUCAUCAUCAGAAAGAGGCGCCGCAACCACCAAGCGUUUGACGAAAAGACUUUUGAUCCUUCCCACGUCCGUCACUCUGUCAACGACCCUAUCGAUCUCAUCGACCCUGCUGCUCCCGCUGCCGGCGGUGCCGGAGCUCAGGUCGACCCUUUCCCCUACCAGCAUCCCUCGUCUCCCGAACAGCACUACUCGCCCGAACAGUCAUACGAUCCUUACGGCCACCCGUCCAUGGCCUUCCCCGACGCUCGAAACUACAUGAACACUGGUGGCUAUGAUGCUUACGGUGGUGAUGCUGCUUAUGCUGGUUAUGCUGGUGCCGGUGCCGGUGCUGCUGCUGCCGGCGCGUACAACUAUGGCAACAGCGCGUACUCUUCCAGUGACCAACACUCUUCGUCCGGCCCUGUCAGCCCCAACAUGCAGUCUUCUGCCGCUUUCGCCAAGCAGCGCGAGGCUGCUGCCGAGCGUCGAGAGAGCCGCAACAGUCUUGGCGCUGGCGCCAGUGGUGCUGGGCAGCAGGAGGUGUUGGGAAGCCCGAGGAGCGGAGAUGAUACCGAGCUUCCGAGGCGACAAAGUGGCUUCAGCGACAGCAGGGCGUCAGUCUAUCAGCAUACGGAUUUGAGAUCGGUGGAGGACGAAGGAGAGCACCUGGAUGAGAUUCCUCCCAAGUAA